UUUUUAUUUUGCUUUCCAAACUUGACGAAAUAUUUUACAACUUUCUUAUCCAAGUGCACCUGUUUUAUUUCGUUCCAGUUUUAUUUAUUCUUGCAGGAUCCUUUCUGACACGAAGGGGUCGAUAGUUGCCAGUUGGAACUUUUGUGAUCUGGAACUUUUAUCGGAGUUUCAUGGUUUUUAUCUGAUCGCUAUGGAUGCAGCUACGAUGAUGGAUGCGACAGCCAGCAGCAACGGGAAUGGUGUACAAUCCCAGAACGGUACAGAUCUCCAUCCUCCUCCUGCAGAAAUUACUGCUGCAUUGCAUCUGCUGACCGUAGGCAACCAUCCCAGUAUGGACAUGCUGUCCACCCCCGCGCACCCUCCGGGGACCGCCCCCGCGGCCCCCACCACGGAACCUGACAUCGUACCGCGCCUCAGCUUCCAGGAUCCGGAGGACAACCUCCUCAAUCGCAGUUUCUCCUCGGAAGACGAGGAAAAAAAGCUGGAGGAAGAGGAGGAGCUGGCAGGAGAGAUGGGGGGUGGUGAGCGGAUUUUUCCCGACGGGCUGUUGUGGAGUAAGCCCAAGAAAAAGAAGGAGCUGCCCCUCAUUGUCCAUGGGGCGAAGAAUGGGAAUGGGACGAUGAAGAAUGGGAGUGGGUCUGCGGAAAAGAUUUUGAACCAGGUAUUCGGCCAGAGCGGCGUUGGCGACCGCAUGGACGCCUUCCCCAUCGUCCAUCCGCGCACCGGCGUCCCACUGGCGCCGGCACCCAAAGAUCUCCUGUCCUCCUACCGCUACUCCAUGGACAACAUGCGCCGCGGUAUGGCUAUCAUCAUUAACAACCAGCACUUCACCAUGGCCAACACUCCCUCCCGGAAGGGCAGUGACAAUGACGCCCGAAUGCUGGAGGCCACCCUCAAGCGGCUGGACUUUGAGGUGGCGGUCUUCACGGAUCUGAGUGUGCGGGUCAUGCAGGACUGCUUCCGCUACUACAGCAAUCAGGAUCAUACGAACUACGACUGCUUCUUCUGUGCCGUCUUCACGCAUGGAGAGGAGCAGGGGAUUAUCUACGGGACGGAUGGGAAGCUGAAUCUCAGCGAGCUGACCAUACAGUUCCGCGGGGAUAAGUGCACGACGUUGGCGGGAAAACCCAAGAUUUUUGUCGUUCAGGCGUGCCGUGGCGACCGGUUGGACGCCGGUGUGGACCUGAUUGAGGCGGAUGCUCCGUCCACCUUCCGUAUUCCGGCUGAAGCGGACUUUUUGUACGCCUUCUCCACGGUGCCGGGAUACUUCUCGUGGCGCAACACGGAACUGGGAUCGUGGUUCAUCCAGGCGCUCUGCCAUAUGCUGGACCAGCACGCCCUCGAUCCCGACAUGGACAUCCUCAAGCUCCUCACGCGUGUCAGCCAUCAGGUGGCAUUUGGGCAUGAAUCCAAUGUGCCCAGUGAUACCAAAUGGCACCGGAAGAAGCAGAUUCCCUCCAUCGUCUCCAUGCUGACGAAGGAUGUGGUGUUCACUCGCAAAACGAAGUAGCAAAUCUUAUAGUUAUCUCAUUUUCAUGUUGACAUCCGUUUGUUGUUAACGUUGACAAUCGUUUAUUCGUUGACAAACGGGGAUAGCUGUUUUUUCUUUACCAUUAAUGUUCUUACGUGUUUCCAGUUUUCGUCGCAUGCCGACGAUCCUAACCCGUCCGAAAUUUGCUCACAGUAUUUAUUGCAUUUGGCUAUGGUAAUUUUAGUGUUCGAGUCGCGGUGCGUUUUAACUGACCACUUUGUUCUAAAAGUGUUUUACACAAUGCCAUGAUAGUUGCGGUUUGUUAAU